AUGAGUGAAGCUGUCGAUAAGCACGUCCUCCGCAAAUACGACAUUGUUCAGAAGCUCGGAAAGGGGGCCUAUGGGGUGGUCUGGAAGAGCUACGAUCGCAGAACCAAUGAGGUGGUUGCCCUAAAGAAGAUAUUCGAGGCUUUUCACAACGCUACAGAUGCGCAAAGGACCUUCAGAGAGAUCAUGUUUCUGCAACAGCUGUCUGAUCAUGAGAACAUUGUUCGGCUGAUGAAUGUCUUGAAGGCGGACAAUGACAGAGAUAUUUACUUGGUCUUUGACUUCAUGGAGACGGAUUUGCACGCGGUUAUUCGCGCACAGAUCCUUGAGGCGAUCCACAAACAAUAUAUCAUUUACCAACUCCUCAGAGCCAUCAAGUAUAUGCAUUCGGGGGAGCUCCUCCACAGAGACAUGAAGCCCUCGAACAUUUUGCUGAACAGCGAAUGUCAAGUCAAGGUUGCGGAUUUUGGCUUGGCCCGUUCAGUGGCGCAUUCGGAGGGUGGCGAUGGCGGCAGUAAUCCGGUGCUUACAGACUAUGUGGCAACGCGGUGGUACAGGGCCCCAGAGAUACUCCUGGGGUCGACGUGUUACACGAAGGGGGUGGACAUGUGGUCGCUUGGAUGUAUCUUGGGGGAGCUUCUGUGUGGAAAGCCUAUUUUUCCUGGAACUUCCACGAUGAAUCAGCUCGAGCGCGUUGUUGCUAUAACGGGGCGACCCUCUCCUGAAGACAUUGCGGCUAUCCGCAGUCCUUUUGCCGCGACAAUGAUGGAAAGCUUAGCAGUAGUUAAGCAAAAAAAUCUUGAAGAUUGCUUCCCAGAUGCACCCGCAAUGGCACUGGACCUUUUAAACCAGCUCCUUCAAUUUAAUCCUCUCAAGCGCAUCAGCGCGGCAAAAGCUCUCGAGCAUCCCUACGUGCGUCAGUUUCACAACCCUGACGAUGAGCCCGUUUGCGACCACAUCAUUACCAUUCCCAUCGACGAUAAUACCAAGUACUCGGUGGAAGACUAUCGAGAGAAGGUGUACAACGAGGUGAUUCGCAAGAAGAAGGAAACAAGACGCCAUCGCCACGUGCCCUCCGUCGCAGCGCAGAGCACCCCCUGCUCGACAGCCACCACAACAACGGGCAGCAACAACAGCAGUGGAUGUACAGCAGCUCCCGGAGGGGAGAAGAGUGCGCAUCGAUCCAGCUCUCAUUACGGAUCCUCUAGGCCUUCUGCAGGGGCUUCCUCUGGCAGCCACCAGCAGCAGCAGCCUACUACGGCAGCACCCUCCGCUUCUCCCGUCAAGAAAACAAGUGCCUCCAUGUAUCCCCCGCAACAGCCGCAGCACCGGCCAGCCCCAUCGCCUUGCGCGUCUCCUGCGGGGGUUGCUCCUGCAUGCAUGCAGCAGAACCACAUGGCCUACGCUACGACGACUCCUCAGCGAGAGGGAUCGGUGGCAGCCUCCAGUGCCUCAACGCAGUACAGCGCAGCGCACCAAGGCUCCGUAGGGGGGGCUCAUCAUGCCGCCCCCCACUCCAGAUACCCCUCUUACCCCUCCGCGACAGGAACUGCUGUCGCUCCUACGGCUGCCAGUGCCUCGUCUUUCUACGCGACAGCGGGGGCUUCUGCCUCUCCAGUGUACACCCGCUACGCUACAAGCGCUGCUGGCAGCAGCAGCAGCAGCGGUCCCGUCAUGAAACAUCGAAGUGGGGAGGAUCGCAGCGAACGCGGCACAAAGAGCAGACCACAGGUCAGCCUCUUCUUAGCGGCAGCCAGCCUCUCCGGUAAAGAGAGGUGGCGUUGCCGCCUCCUCGUGUAG